ACACCUCUUUAUCUUGUAAACCACGGGGAGACCGGCCCCAUCCGGUGCAACCGCUGCAAAGCUUACAUGUGUCCCUUCAUGCAGUUCAUUGAAGGUGGCAGGAGGUACCAGUGUGGAUUUUGUAACUGUAUAAAUGAUGUCCCCCAGUUCUUCUUUCAACACCUGGACCACAUGGGCCGACGGAUAGACCACUAUGAGAGGCCUGAGCUGUCCCUGGGAUCUUACGAGUACGUGGCUACCUCGGAUUAUUGCCGAGUGAGUAUUGCCGGUGUGCAAACCAGUGCACAGCGUUAUGGCAAAACAAACAAGCUCCUCAGAGUAAAUGCACUUGUAAGCUGCAUAUCAGUUUCCAGGAACAUUCUAGGAAAUAUGGAUAGUACAAUGUUUUUGUUCUUUUGGGCUGUGGAACGUGAUACAAGUAUGCACAACCAGAUUCAUGGAUCAGCAGUCUAAGUGAGACAUGUGUUUGGUCCUUCCCAGCAUGUUGCAUGGUCAGGGGAUUUCUUUGAAAUUCUGCUGUCUUGUUGCAUUUUAGAUGUAUCUUCUACUCAUUUGGAAGACAGAUACAUGCCUAAAUUGCUUUCCCAGUACCCAAAACCUCAGCGAGGGAAUUUGACCUUGUUAUCUGUUCC